UAGCUUUAACUUAGUGCUCGAUCACAACAUCGAGCCGCCCGCUCGAUGCUAACGCUGUCCUUUAAAAGAUUAAUAAUAAAAAAAACAUGAAGUUCCAAUUGCUAAUAGUGAUAAUCGGAAUAUACCAUACGACCGCCGAGUAUUACAAAACGAAACCGGACUUUGUGAAGACAUGCACGAGAAGUGAUCCAGAGUUCGAGGAAUGUUCGCGAACGGCAGUUCAGCAAUUAUUCAGUGCUCUAGGUCCAGGGCGUCCAGAGAUUGGUAUGCAGCCAUUGGAUCCUCUGAAGAUACCGAAAAUUAGGAUUUUGCAAGGCGAGGGCCCGGUGAACGUAAAUGCGGCGUUGGAUGACGUCACUGUGACCGGUUUCGGCAAGACAGAAGUGCUGGUCAGCCAAGUUGAUAGCAAAACCUAUAAUUUCUACACAAAAGUGAGAGUCCCAAAAAUAAGAAUAGAAGGCACUUAUGAUCUAAAGGGAAAAAUUUUGUUGAUACCUUUGGUUGGACACGGGACAUGCUGGUUUGAACCUACUAAUAUGACAAUCGACAUAUUCAGUGAUGUGAAACUGUACGAUAAAGAUGGAUUAAUAUUUUUCAAUGUUACUGCUGCGCGUGUGAAAUAUGCCAUCGGAGGAUUGAAAUUACGCAUGAACAAUCUAUUUGAUGGGAUCAACUCAUUAGAGGACUCUACUAACAGUUAUUUGAAUGCGAAUUGGCGGCCAGUCUCGGAAUCACUACGACCCAUUUUAUCAAAAACCAUUGAAGAUAUUUUACUUGGAUUUUUGCAACAAUUAUUCCACAAUCUACCGGGAAACUUCAUGAUAAGCGAUGUUAAACAUCAUACUAGUAAAAAGGGGGACAAAACGUUAUAAGUUGUAGUUAUUUAAGUAUAUUGUUAUUAAAAUAGGGUAAGUUAAAACAACGAACUAUUUAAAAAACAAAGAUUUUCAUAAAAAGUGAUAACUAUGAUGAAAAAAAUCAGUGAUUAUAGAUUUUAAGGACCGAGUUUACAGAAUUUAAAGUGUAACAGGCUGUUUUACCAAGUAAGGAAUGUUAAAAGUAAAAUUUGCAGUCUUUCGAUUCCAAAAUUUUCUUAAUUCUUUUCACAACUUUUAAAAACAAUUUUGGAUUUCAAUUUCAUUAAUAUUUGACCGCCUCUUUAAAAUUAUUUUUUGUAUAAAUGGUAGUUAGAAGCCGAAAACAAUUAUCUAUCGCUAAUUUUUCGGUAAUAAAUCGAUAAUUAUUAAAAAGAUAUUUUAUCAUUGUACAUAUUAUGUUAUUUCAUAUUAUUAAGAAUGUACAUGACAAAAUGGUAUUUUUUUUGAUUUACCUAAUUAAAUAAAAUUGUAUAAAGUAUUUUAGGAACUAAUUUUUCUCUACAGUUUUAUAAUUUAUAUUUCAAUAUAAC